AAUGGGACGUCACCAGGCCGGCGCUGCCCCGAGGCUCGACGGGAUCGUGGCGGUCUCCUGUCCCGACUCGGAAUCUCCCGCGGCCUCCGGACGCUCCCAAGAUGGCGACCUCGCUGGGUUCCAACACCUACAACAGGCAGAACUGGGAGGAUGCGGAUUUCCCCAUUCUGUGUCAGACGUGUCUUGGAGAAAACCCUUACAUCCGAAUGACCAAAGAAAAGUAUGGGAAGGAAUGCAAAAUCUGUGCCAGACCAUUCACAGUGUUUCGCUGGUGCCCUGGAGUCCGCAUGCGUUUCAAGAAGACUGAAGUGUGCCAGACCUGCAGUAAAUUGAAGAAUGUCUGUCAGACCUGCCUCUUAGACUUGGAGUAUGGCCUGCCCAUCCAGGUUCGUGAUGCAGGGCUGUCUUUUAAAGAUGACAUGCCCAAAUCAGAUGUCAACAAAGAAUACUACACACAGAAUAUGGAGCGAGAGAUCUCUAACUCUGAUGGAACACGGCCAGUCGGCAUGCUGGGGAAGGCCACAUCCACCAGUGACAUGCUGCUCAAGCUGGCCCGGACUACACCCUACUACAAAAGGAAUCGGCCCCACAUUUGCUCCUUCUGGGUGAAAGGGGAGUGCAAGCGAGGAGAGGAGUGUCCGUACAGACAUGAGAAGCCCACAGAUCCUGAUGACCCCCUUGCUGAUCAGAAUAUUAAAGACCGAUAUUAUGGAAUCAAUGACCCUGUGGCUGAUAAGCUUCUGAAGCGGGCCUCAACAAUGCCUCGUCUGGAUCCCCCAGAGGAUAAGACUAUCACCACACUGUAUGUCGGUGGUCUGGGGGACACCAUUACUGAGACAGAUUUAAGAAAUCACUUCUACCAGUUCGGAGAGAUCCGGACCAUCACGGUGGUGCAGCGACAGCAGUGUGCCUUCAUCCAGUUUGCCACGAGGCAGGCUGCAGAGGUGGCUGCCGAGAAGUCCUUCAACAAACUGAUCGUCAAUGGCCGCAGGCUCAACGUGAAAUGGGGAAGAUCCCAGGCGGCCAGAGGAAAAGAGAAGGAGAAGGAUGGAACCACAGACUCUGGGAUCAAGCUGGAGCCGGUUCCAGGACUGCCGGGAGCUCUCCCUCCUCCCCCUGCUGCGGAAGAAGAAGCCUCUGCCAACUACUUCAACCUACCCCCAAGUGGUCCACCAGCCGUGGUGAACAUUGCCCUGCCACCGCCCCCUGGCAUCGCCCCACCCCCACCCCCAGGUUUUGGGCCCCACAUGUUCCACCCGAUGGGACCACCCCCUCCUUUCAUGAGGGCACCAGGACCAAUCCACUACCCUUCCCAGGACCCUCAGAGGAUGGGAGCACAUGCUGGCAAGCACAGCAGCCCCUAGCACACCAGCACGCCGGCAUCUGGAAGAAAGGGCACUUGAGCAUCCCUGUACCUCUCGGAAUAAGUCUAUUUCCUUCCCUUGUAGUUUCCACGGUAGCUGAAUGUGUUCAGAUGUGGGCAGUCGGAGGCCGACGGCCAUGCCUUCCUCCACUUACUGCAAGGACCAGUGAACUCAAAUGAGCUGCCGUUCACACAUCUGGUUACUGCUCUAACAUGACUAAUCAAACCUGUGCCUGUUCCUCCCACCUGGAUGGGGACACACGGAUGAGUGCAUUGGAAUGUCCACGGAGUCACCCUCCCAUGUGUAUGUUUAUUUUGUAUCUUUUCUGGGCGGGGGAAAAAUUGACCUGCAGCAAAAUACGCCCUUUGACCAUUUUUAUGUCCACUGGACAUUUUCUUUUUUAUCAUCUAAAAAAAAGAUUACUAGUACUAAUCAUCGUAGUGGCCUAAGUGUGAUCGAACUCCUGUGAGUCACACCUUCAGAAAGACAAGUAGAAACCAGCACAGCCCAGCUCCUUUCCUUCCCAUGGAUUCCUAGGGGAAUCUGACGGAUGGUUCUACUUUCGCCACCAAAAAAAGACAAAAAUAGCUUUUCCUUCCUGUCAGUUGGAUGGAAACACAGAUUUCAUGGGACUGAACCCUUGAAGAAACCUCGUUUCUGGGAUGAGAAUAUUUUAAAGAACUUCUGGUAAAACAUUUUAUUUCCCAACUGAAAUGAGCAACGUUGGCACGUGUCUGGGGGGAAGAUUCAGUGCCCAGCAGGAAGGCACAUCCUCAGCCUUCGCCUUGGGCAUCUUCAGUGUCUUGUGAUUCCCUGCUUCUGUUUGGUCUUAGGAUGUAUGGAUAGACUGAAUUGUAGGUGGCAAAGGAAAUUUGAUGUUAUGUUGGGGUUUUUUUGUUUGUUUGUUUUUAAAGAAUUAAAACGGGUCAAUUUUCCAAA